AUUCAUUAUUAAACCCUGAUUCCACAUCUUACAAUUCCCUCCUUCCAAACACCCUGGAAGGGUGUUUUAUGUAAAAAAACUGAGUGAUAAUUUGAACGUUGUCAAGCUCCGCCGUCGUUCCCUUUCACUCACAGACACUCCUCCGCCGUCGUUCCACCGUGGCCCACCGUCAACUAUUUUUUCAAACAAAAAAUUUACAUUUGUUUGUAGUUUUUUUCACUUUUCCAUGCGUUCUUCUAUUCACCAACAUUGUUCCUCUCCUCGUUCAACUGCAACCAUAGCAACCCUUCUCAAAGCUUGCAAAAGAAUCCAACAUCUUCAACAAGUUCACGCUUCCAUCAUCCAAAGAGGCCUUGAUCAAGAUCAAUUCCUCAUUUCCCAAUUCAUUUCACACGGCAACACCAUUUCCACUUCCACUCUCUCAUAUUCCACCACCAUCUUCGACCGCGUUCUCAAUCCCUCUACCUUCCUUUGGAACACUCUCAUUAGAACCCAUUGUCAAAAUAGUUUAUUUAAAGAUACACUUUUGGGUUUUGUUCGUAUGAAAGCGGAGGGUGCUAUUCCUGAUAGUUACACUUACCCUUCUGUGAUUAAAGCGUGUUCUGCAACGUGUAAGGUUUUCGAAGGAAAAUCGGUUCACGGGUCGGUUUUGAAGUGUGGUUUGGAAGAGGAUGUGUUUGUAGGGACUAGUUUGAUUGAUAUGUAUGGUAAAUGUGGUGAGAUUGAUUAUGCCCGUAAGGUGUUUGAUGGUUUGUCUGAGAGAAAUGUGGUUUCUUGGACUGCUAUGGUUGUUGGAUAUGUUGUUGUUGGGGAUGUUGUGGAGGCGAAUAAGGUGUUUGAUGAAAUGCCGCUGAGGAAUGUGGCUUCGUGGAAUGCAAUGAUGAGGGGUUUUGUUAAGGUUGGAGAUUUGAGUAGUGCUAGGCGUGUGUUUGAUUCUAUGCCUGAAAAGAAUGUAGUUUCGUUCACGACCAUGAUUGAUGGGUAUGCUAAGGCUGGUGAUAUGGCAUCAUCGAGGUUCAUGUUUGAACAAGCUGUGGAAAAGGAUAUUGUUGCUUGGUCUGCUUUGAUAUCGGGGUAUGUCCAAAAUGGUCAGCCUAGUGAGGCGUUGAAGGUCUUUCUUGAGAUGGAAUCAAUGAAUGUGAAACCUGAUGAGUUCAUAUUGGUUGGUGUGAUGUCGGCUGCAUCUCAGUUGGGUCAUUUAGAAUUGGCUCAAUGGGUGAAUUCAUAUGUAGGCAACAGCUCUAUUGAUUUUCAUCAAGACCAUUUGAUUGCAGCACUUGUAGAUAUGAAUGCAAAGUGUGGAAACAUGGAGAGGUCAUUGAAAUUGUUCGGAGAAAUGCGGAAGAAAGAUUUAGUUUCGUAUUGUUCGAUGAUUCAGGGGUUGUCAAUUCACGGGCAUGGGGAAGAUGCGGUGAAUCUAUUUAAUAGGAUGCUGAUGGAAGGGCUAAUUCCAGAUGAGGCGGCCUUCACGAUUGUCCUGACAGCUUGUAGUCAUUCCGGGCUCAUUGAUGAGGGUUGGAACUACUUCAACUCCAUGAAGGAAAAUCACGGCAUUAGUCCUACACCUGAUCACUUUGCUUGUAUGGUUGAUCUUCUAAGCCGAUCAGGGCAAUUAAGGGAUGCUUAUGAACUUAUAGAAUCAAUGCCUGUGGAGCCUAAUGCUGGUGCCUGGGGUGCACUUUUGGGGGCAUGUAAACUUCAAGGUGAUGCAGAGUUAGGAGAAACUGUUGCUAACCGACUUUUUGAACUUGAGCCUCAAAAUGCUGCUAAUUACGUGCUGUUGUCGAACAUCUAUGCCGCGGCAGAUCGAUGGAAAGAUGUUUCGCUUGUGAGAAGUAAAAUGAAGGAAAGAAGAGUGCAGAAGAUACCUGGUCGCAGUAAAAUUUAGUCCAAUGCUGAGUUAUUUUGGUUCCAUAUAUGAAGUUCUGAAUGUACAGAACAUGGAAAGUGGUUUGAAUUCUUGUUCAGUUGAUCUGGAAGCUUAGCAGUUAAUCCAUGGUUAUAUAAUUGCAAGCGAGUUGAUGCCCAGAUUUAUAUGGUGACAAUAACACCAGACUCUUCAAUGAUCGGAAUUGUUUAUUUACAUUGACAGAGUGAUGCACAUCAAGCAACUGGGUGUUAUAACCUCCCUUACUCUGAGAGCAAGCAUCUUCCGACUUUCUAACUAUGGUUCUUCUCAAUAGGAUAUAAGCAUCCUGGUGUGGAAGGAAGGUUGAAUGAAUCUAAGGAAAAAUGGUGUUGAUUUUUGAGGAAAAAUGAUUUUGUCGAAGACCCAAAAUAGCAGUACUAGUCAUAUCUUCAAGGAUAUUGCCAUCUAUCUCUUUGGCAUAAAAAUUGAAGCACAGAACUGGAGCAGUUGUUCUCUUUGCAGUUUGAGGGGUUACAUUUAAAACCAAAAGGUUAUAGUGGUCAGCUAACAUAUCCAAAGUUGUUAAUCUCGCCACAAGCUACGUUCAUUGGUACUCUUGAUUUGACAGGAUGCUUGCAUAUUUUUAAGCUGCACAAAGAAGGCUUUACACUAUCCCAGUCCUUCUGAUUUUGGAUUGUCAGAUGACUUGCGUCAUUGAAGAUAAAGUUAAACAAUUUCACCUUUCUAAGUUGCUCUGGUUUCUUGUUUCAUUUUCUGAGAAAUCUGUCCCUGAAAUGUAUGGUACUCUGAUUAGGAAGAGAAAUUAUCAGGCUGCUCUGGACUUUGCCGAUAGUCAUAGAUUGGAUAAAGAUGAAGUUCUGAAGUCACAGUGGUUGAAUUCUAGCCAAGGAGUAAAUGAAAUUAAUAGAUUUGUGUCAAAUAUUAAGGAUACAAAUUUCGUACUUUCUGAAUGUGUUAAUAGAAUUGGACCAACAGAAGAUGCUGUGAAGGCUUUAUUAGAAUAUGUGAUUGUAAUAGCAGUACUAGUCAUAUAUUCGCCACUUAAUAUUACAGAUUACUGUUUAAAAUACUAGGUAUUUAAAUGAAGGAUUUUUAGCAACUUUCCAGUCUUCACAUAAGAAAGUUUCUCUGUGCCACUUUGAUUCCAAAGCUGAAUAUUUGAGUCUUAUUGGAUUGAUUUCUUUGUAUUCAUUGCUAUGUUUAAUGAAAGAGUUUAUGCUAUGAUUUUACAGGAGAUGAUUAAGGGUUCUGCACUUUGUGAUCUCCCAUGACUUUUCCUUCCUCGUAUGGGAUUCAUGCUGGCUACAUUCUCGAGAAAUUUAUAGCAAAUUUGCGCCACCAUUUAAAUUCGAAGGUUAGUCUCAAAUGUGAGGUGCUUCAAACAAACAAUAUCAAAGCUGAGGAAACAUUGUGAAAGGAUAUAAACUGAUGUUUCAGUCUUAUAUUGACUAACUUGGUGAGGAAACAAAAUUCAUAUUAAUAUUAAGGACAAGUAGUAGAAAGAGAUAGAUAUAACCUGGUUAUUUUCUUUUGAAUGCUACACAAGCUUGGAAUUUUACUGUUCUUAAUUUUACUUUGGGAAAUACAUGGCUUCCUGAUCUAGAUAUACCUUACACUGAAGGAUUAUUGAAAUAGAUAUAGGUAAGUAGAAGUUUAUGUUUGAAAAUGUAUAAUUUUGGUUCAUUUUGUUUUUGUUAGAUGUGAUGUUAGAUACUAUAUGAUUUUUUAUUUUAAAGGAAAACCAUCCAAAAAGGAUGACAAUCUUAAAUGCUUAAUGAUAAUUUAGGUCUUGAUAUGUAUGUUUGUACAAGUUUUUAGAAACAAUAUAUUGCAAUGUAA